ACCGCGCUUCCAACACCGCCCACAGCCGCAGUCUCACCGCUCACCUCCAUCGACACACCAACAACCUGCCAAGCUACUUCGCUCGCACGCAACCAUGGUGGCCGACGGAACUCACGCAGGGAUCUUCGCCGCCGACAGGUUACAACAACAGCAACAGGGCGCGGGGUCGCCUCCCAAUUCUCCUUCGCCCCGCGACAACGACACGGCAACAGCACCCGCCAUUGACGAGGCCUGCGGCGCGCCGCCACCCACGACGCCUGCCACCUCCGCCGACUCCGUCUCGCAUUCCGCGGCGGCCAUUCAGGCAACGCGGAGUGGCGGAGCGAGGCGCUUCGACGUCGACCGGCUGGCCGUGGAGACCGCGGAUUUCAUCUCGGACUACAUGGCCCAUCUAACACCGACGGAACAGCCGCCCCACCACCAGCAGCAGCAGCAACUUUCUGCCGCUUCAAAGCUUCUCAAAAGUAUGGGAGACUCGCUCCUGGAGCAACACCGCGCCGCCAUCUCGGGCAUGGUGAGCCGCGUGGAGGCCCAGACGGACUCCGAGGAGCUGCGCGGCUCGGCGCUCGGCGUCGCCCGGGAGAUGUUCUCCGACGGGCACAUGAACUGGGGCCGCGUGGUCGCGCUGGUGGUGUUCUGCGCGCUGCUCGUCAAGAGGCUGAAAGCCAGCGGGCGGCUGAGCGACGCCGAGGCGAGGGCCGUGGCGGACGAGGUGGCCGCCUUCCUGGUGUCCUCGCGGAGGGCUUGGUUCGUGCAGCAGGGAGGCUGGGAUGGGUUCGUGCGGGAGUUUGAGCGGGAGACGCCCGACAGCAUGCUCAAAAACACGCUGAUGGCCGUCGCGGGGUUCGGAGCCAUGACGGCUCUGGCCGCGUUGGGCGUUCGCAAGAUCCUCAGCGGUUUCUGCUGAACCUUCCAAGUGGCACACGAGGCCCCAAUCUUAUCUGGCUCCCGCGCACGGUGUGCUCCAGCCUCGUCACCUCCAGCUGAGCUAAACGAAGCACCACUACCACAACCGCGGAAAAACAUCGAGACUCUGAACAGACGUGGCACGCAUCACCCACCCCUGCAACGUUAAAUUGUGGUGCUCAACGUUUCCAUGGCGGUAGAAUUUUGGCAAAGAUGCAGCUGUAAAUACAUUUUUUUUUUACAUUCUGAUUUUCGCUGUUCGUUCGUUUCCGUUUUGCUAAACCUGCCGCAUGGGAGCGUUGGCGACUGGGAUGCAUGGUGCCAAAUCGUUGGUUGCAUUCCGUGGGGCCUGUCAUGCUUUGUUAAUAUUUUAAACCUCUGUGUGAGCAAGGUGUUUGCGUCUUCCUACCGAGAAAAACCCGAGAGUCGAAUGGAAAUUGACGCACAGGCUCUUGUUGGAUGGCAACUAUUUGCUUUCAAAGAGUCGUUAAAUUCGUUUGAAUCUGGCUCGAUGAGGCAGCAUUGUAAGUGUUGGUAAAAUUGAGCAUUUCAGAAGCACUUAUAAUUUUAAUUAUUAUUUUCUUAAAAUAAAAUUUCAGAAAAGAUAAAAGAUUAGAAACGUGUUAAUGUGUGUUAUAUUGCUACCUCAAACACGGCGAGGAAUUGAAUUACUCUUGCCUUCGUGGCAGUGUUUUGGCCAGAAACAGAAUAAUCCGUUCUGAUUUGGUCUUUACGCAACUCAAGGAAGCUAGAGUUGCUUUUGGCAGCGGGCAGCAAUAGCCGCAGCAGCCCCUUGCAUGAAAGUUGCAGGGUAGGAAAGCCUCAACUUGCAACACAAAAGGUUUAACUUUUUUUUGGUCAUAUGAUGUAAUAUCAGGACUGUGUGGGUGCACCGAUUGUACCCUUUUAUGAGUACAGGCCAAGAAGGUAGACCGAGGAGAGGGCUCCGAAACCCAUCAGGAGCCUCCUCCCUGUGCGUGUCCAGGUGAACACGAUAGGCAGCUUGGAUGGGUGGGGGGGGGCCCUAUGGUGCACGGCAGUCUGAUUUUAAAGCCGCAUUUAGAAACGACAAGCCUGAUUUAAGCAUGCUGUUAAUUGGCAGUGGCCUACCCCAAAAAGUAGCCUUGCAACGUGUGCGACUAAAAAACAAAUUUUAGAGUUGCGAUGUAGCUGGCCCGGUGGGGGGAGGGGGGGGUAGGUUCCUGAUUGAAAACAGAAAACCCAACCCCCCCUGUUUAAAAUGGACUCUGGGUAGCCUUUACCCAUUGCCCUGUCCUGGAUUAGAUUUUAGUGUACCCUUACCAUGCAAUAAUAAUUACUUGGUUCAGGAUAGAUCUUGGAUAUUUUCCUAAGGCAACUCAACGGUGUGAUUGCCAUGGGGGGAGGGGGCGGCGGUAAGAGGUGGCAGUUCUACCUGGGUGGAUUUUUGCUUACCAGGGAUUAUCGAGAGAAAUUUCCUUGCUGCCCACGUGUGUGUCAUCUGGAGCGGCUGUUACUGAAGCACAUUUUGUUUUAGUUUAUUUUAAUCUGGCUUUUGAACGAUGUGACGGUGGUGUAUGACAUGUGUGUGUGUGCAUGGGCGAGUGAGUGUAUGUAUGUAUGAGUGUGAGACCACACUGGGGCUUUGUGCUCACUCAUAAUCCCUAAUCCACUGGCACGUUUGUGCCAAGCCAGCGUAGGGUCCUUCACAGUAUGGGUGUUUUUUUUCCCACUGCCUAUGCCGCAACCAAACUGAAACGCAGACCCUCGCAAAAUCCAAGUCUUGGCUCGGGGGGCCAAGCAGGGCCAGGAUUAGUUGCAUCCUCCUGCAAAUGCGCCUUGGUCACUGCAGGACGCGGGCACCAUCGUGGCAACACACCGCUGUUACCGGUGUGCAGUUCGAGCCGGCCGUAGCGGUGGACGGCGGCGGCACAGCUCAGAGUUCUGCAGUGAGGAGAGAAAACAACCUGACGUCUCCUGAGCCGCGGCCACGGCUUGUUCAGCCCUGGGCGCGGCUCUGUUUUUGCAAGUGGGGAAAAAAAAAAAGAGGCAUUUGGGUGACACUGUGGAGGGGGGGGGGGUGCCUGUGAAGGCACUGGGGUGGUAGGCACCCCCCCCCCCAGGGCCAUUGAGCUGCUCAGAUUAUUGCUUGUGCAUGCUCCACAUUCUUCAGACCUUAUUGGUGCUUUCAGUUCCCGCUCCGCCUCUCAAAACAACAAUAAAAGAGUAUCUUGUUUA